CGUCCGCUGCUUCCUGAAUGGUGGUAGCACCUGAUUGGCAGGCUCAUUGCGCAAUAAGGAACGGCCUAGUGUCAACUUGGCGGUCUGGAAGGCGCGGUGCGGCGUUGCCGUCGUAAGGGGGAAGCGGCUCCUGCUUGCUUGGGGCAGGAUGGCAGUGCCCGGCUGGGAGCGCGCGGCCCGGCUGCUGCUUUGCGCGGCGGGGUUGGUGCUGUCUGUUUACGCCUUCCACGUGGAGACCUCGAAGGAGCGCGACGCCGCCUACCAGGCGAUGUGUGAUAUCAGCGCUGCAGUCAGCUGCUCCCGCGUCUUCACUUCCAGGUGGGGUCGUGGCUUUGGCUUGGUGGCAGGGUUCUUGGGACCUCAUAGUGUGUUCAACCAGCCGAAUAGUAUAUUUGGGAUUGCUUUCUACAUCCUGCAAAUCCUUCUGGGCCUCUCCAACAGUGGUCUGGCGGCCAUUUCUCUGCUGGGCUCUUCAGUAGUGUCCAUUGCUGGCUCGCUCUACCUGGCCUACAUCCUCUUCUUUGUGCUCUACGACUUCUGUGUGGUUUGUGUCAGCACCUACAUCCUCAACUUUGCCCUCCUCUUUCUCAACUACAAACGAUUUGGCUACCUCAACCAGACUUGGGAGGUCUGCAUGACCAAAGCCAAGAGGCAGUGAUCGAAGGCGACAUGUUGGGCCGGACAGUCCUGCAAGGGCUUUACUUUGCAUGGGUCUCGCCUGUCUCUGGUGUUUCCAUAAGCUUUGGGUUGGAUCCAGAUUAAAGUGGGAACUAAGCACAGCUGUCUUAGUCUAGAUCCAACCCAGUGUCUUUUAGUAUAACACUAGUAUGCUCUUCCAGCUUGGAAACCAUCCUUGUCACCCUCUUCCCUCAGAUCAAUGAGAUUAGCAUUCCACUUGUCUGACCCUUCAGAUUCCAUUAAAUUAGCAUAUGAACCUUCAGUUUGGAGCUUAAGGAUGCUAUCUUUAGUUCUGCUGAUCUACUGAUAUGUAUCAAAAUCUAGUCCUUCCUUUUUUAAAUACAAAACUUAUUUUUAUAAUUCUUUUUUUUUAAAAAAAUUGUAUAAAAACCAAUUUGUACAAAUAUAGUAAUUCCUGAUAACUUAAAAAAAUGUUGCUGGUGUUGAAUUGAGAACCGUUAUGUCUGUUACAAGGUUCAAAAUUGGGCAGAACCUGCUUGUGACUGUGCCUAGCGUAGUUUUUGAAGUGCGCUCUGAAGUACUGAGGAAUAGAUGUUGCCUCUUUCAACACGAAAUAUGACAACUACAGUUUUGACUGGUUACCAUUCAACAUGGAUCUUCAUGCCUGCAGCAUGGUUUAGUUUUUCCCAUCAUUAAUUACUACCAGUUUGUACAUAACUGGAGCUAGGGCAGAGCCUUCCAUUAGGCAACUCGCAUCAGGAAACAGAUUGCACCGUACCAUUAAAAAGAUAGCAAACUAUAAAUUGUUUUUAUUAGAAUUGAAAGCACUAGGAAAGAAUGGCUGUCCAGAGGGCUCCAACUAGAUAUGUAAAAUUUCCAGAAAUUUUGAAGCCAUGGAAAAACCGUUUCCCCCAUUUUUUCAGAAAAAAAUGAAAUUUUUGGAAAAAUUGAAAAAUGCAAUAUUAGCACUUACAGAUUGAAUGUCACUUUAUUACUUCAGGAACAUCAAAUGUAAUUAUGUACAAGUCGGUUUGGCAUAAAGUUAUCACAUUUGGUAUAUUAAAAGUACAUUUUAUUCAAACAA